AAAGAAGAGCGAUAUAAUGAGUUUACUUCCAGUUUCUGGUCCGAUGAUUUGGCCUUGGCCGAAUUGUGGACCAAAUUUCCUAUAUCACCCUAUUGCGCGUGUUUGUCUCCCGACUGGGGUUAGACUUUAUGAUCCAAUCUUUCCGGAUCUGGGACCAAUAAAAAUUCCAGUAGUAGAUAUUGGAGGUAGGCCCGGAGGAGGAUCUGGAGGAAGUGCAGUAGGGGGUCCUGGUGGAAAACCUGUGGGAAAUACUGGAGGAAGUUGUGGGGGAGGAUCUGGAGGAAGUCCUGGAGGAGGAGCUGGAGUAAGUCCUGGAGGGGGAUCUACAGUAAGUCCUGGAGGAGGAUCUGGAGGAAGUCCUGGAGGAGGAUCUACAGUAAGUCCUGGAGGAGGAUCUGGAGUAAGUCCUGGAGGAGGAUCUGGAGUAGGUCCUGGAGGAGGAUCUGGAGGACGUCCUGGAGGAGAAUCUGGAAUACGUCCUGGAGAUCUGAUUAGGCCUUGGCCGAAAUGUGGACCAAAUUUCUUCUAUCAUUUUAUUGUGCGUGUUUGUCUCCCGACUGGGGUUAUUAUUCCUCCUGGAGGAGGAUCCGGAGGAAGUCCUGGAGGAGGAUCUGGAGGACGUCCUGGAGGAGAAUCUGGAGGACGUCCUGGAGAUCUGAUUAGGCCUUUGCCGAUAUGUGGACCAAAUUUCAAAUAUGACUUUAAUUGGGGUGUUUGUCUCCCGACUUGGGUCAUUCCGGAUCUGAGACCAAUAGAAAUUCCAGGAGGCUCUGGAGGAGGAUCUGGAGGAAGUUCUGGAGGAGGAUCUGGAGUAAUCACUGGAGGAGGAUCUGGAGGAGGAUCUGGAGGACGUCCUGGAGGAGAAUAUGGAGGACGUCCUGGAGAUCUGAUUAGGCCUUGGCCGAAAUGUGGACCAAAUUCCAAAUAUCACUUUAAUUGGGGUGUUUGUCUCCCGACUGGGGUCAUUCCGGAUCUGAGACCAAUAGAAAUUCCAGGAGGCUCUGGAGGAGGAUCUGGAGGAAGUUCUGGAGGAGGCUCUGGAGUAAUCACUGGAGGAGGAUCUGGAGGACGUCCUGGAGGAGAAUCUGGAGGACGUCCUAGAGAUCUGAUUAGGCUUUGGCCGAAAUGUGGACCAAAUUCCAAAUAUCACUUUAAUUGGGGUGUUUGUCUCCCGACUGGGGUCAUUCCGGAUCUGAGACCAAUAGAAAUUCCAGGAGGCUCUGGAGGAGGAUCUGGAGGAAGUUCUGGAGGAGGAUCUGGAGUAAUCCCUGGAGGAGGAUCUGGAGGAGGAUCUGGAGGACGUCCUGGAGGAGAAUCUGGAGGACGUCCUGGAGAUCUGAUUAGGCCUUGGCCGAAAUGUGGACCAAAUUUCAAAUAUCACUUUAAUUGGGGUGUUUGUCUCCCGACUGGGGUCAUUCCGGAUCUGAGACCAAUAGAAAUUCCAGGAGGCUCUGGAGGAGGAUCUGGAGGAAGUACUGGAGGAGGAUCUGGAGUAAUCCCUGGAGGAGGAUCUGGAGGACGUCCUGGAGGAGAAUCUGGAGGACGUCCUGGAGAUCUGAUUAGGCCUUGGCCGAAAUGUGGACCAAAUUUGAAAUAUCUCUUUUAUUGGGGUGUUUGUCUCCCGACUGGGGUCAUUCCGGAUCUGAGACCAAUAAUAAUUCCAGUAGGCUCUGGAGGAGGAUCUGGAGGAAGUACUGGAGGAGGAUCUGGAGUAAUCCCUGAAGGAGGAUCUGGAGGACGUCCUGGAGGAGAAUCUGGAGGACGUCCUGGAGAUCUGAUUAGGCCUUGGCCGAAAUGUGGACCAAAUUUCAAAUAUGACUUUAAUUGGGGUGUUUGUCUCCCGACUUGGGUCAUUCCGGAUCUGAGACCAAUAGAAAUUCCAGGAGGCUCUGGAGGAGGAUCUACUGUAAGUCCUGGAGGAGGAUCUGGAGUAAGUCCAGGAGGAGGAUCUGGAGUAAGUCCUGGAAGAGGAUCUGGAGUAAGUCCUGGAGGAGGAUCUACAGUAAGUCCUGGAGGAGGAUCUGGAGUAAGUCCUGGAGGAGGAUCUGGAGUAGGUCCUGGAGGAGGAUCUGGAGUAACUCCUGGAGGAGGAUCUACAGUAAGUCCUGGAGGAGGAUCUGGAGUAAGUCCUGGAGGAGGAUCUGGAGUAGAUCCUGGAGGAGAAUCUGGAGUAAGUCCUGGAGGAGGAUCUACAGUUAGUCCUGGAGGAGGAUCUGGAGUAAGUCCAGGAGGAGGAUCUGGAGUAAGUCCUGGAGGAGGAUCUGGAGUAAGUCCUGGAGGAGGAUCUACAGUAAGUCCUGGAGGAGGGUCUACAGUAAGUCCUGGAGGAGGAUCUGGAGUAAGUCCUGGAGGAGGAUCUGGAGUAGGUCCUGGAGGAGGAUCUGGAGUAACUCCUGGAGGAGGAUCUACAGUAAGUCCUGGAGGAGGAUCUACAGUAAGUCCUGGAGGAGGAUCUGGAGUAAGUCCUGGAGGAGGAUCUGGAGUAGGUCCUGGAGGAGGAUCUGGAGUAAGUCCUGGAGGAGGAUCUGGAGGUCCCUCUGGAGAAGGUCCUGGAGGACCCUCUGGAGGAACUGCUGGGGGCAGUACUGUGAAUGGCUCUGGAGGUUCCGACAACAUAAAUAUUAACCAGAUUCAUCUUAAAAGUAAGGUUUAAUCCUGGAUAAUACAUUUUAUGGUUCAACUUAAAUGUAAUUGUUGAAAGAAAAGUAUAAUAAAAUCAUAUAAAAACAUAUAA